GAUCAAGCUUAUGAUGUUGCUAUAGAAUUGUAUACAAUGGCCAUAGAACAUCAUCCUACAGCUGUGUUAUAUGGAAAUCGAAGUAUGGCUUAUCUGAAGAAGGAACUGUAUGGUAGCGCUUUAGAAGACGCUAAUAACGCUAUCUCUAUUGAUCCCACCUAUAUGAAGGGUUAUUACCGUCGAGCAACAGCCAACAUGGCUUUGGCUCGAUUUAAAAAAGCCUUAGCAGACUAUGCAGCUGUAGUUCGAGCACACCCAAAUGAUGCUGACGCGAGACGCAAGCAUGACGAAUGCCAGAAAAUAGUACGACGGAUUGCAUUCGAGAAAGCCAUCUCUGUCGACCACGAUAAGAAAAGCAUAUCUGAGUCAAUUGAUCUCAGCACUAUGAUCGUUGAAGAAAGCUAUGAUGGACCUCAUCUAGAUGACGUCAUAACUGUCGAAUUUGUGAAUGAAAUGAUAGCGACGUUCAAGAAGCAGGGGAAAUUACACAAGAAAUAUGCAUUUAAGGUAUGUUGA